CCACAGUUGUUCAAUUUCCUAUCUCACAAAAUAUAAACAGCUGCGAGUUUGAUCAAUCUCUCGUUUUUUCAGUAACCAAAAGUAUAACUUUCCCUUUUAGGUCUAAACCUGCCCAAAAUAUAAUAAUGGGUCUAAUGAAUGGUUCGAACAAUGAUGAGUACGUAAGGCUAUUAGGAGCAUGGCCUAGCCCUUUCGUGCUGAGGACUCGGAUCGCACUUAACCUAAAGCGCGUACCGUACGAGUAUCUAGAAGAAGAAGAUACUUUGAAUUCGGAGAGCGUGUUAAACUACAACCCUGUCCACAAACAGAUCCCUAUCCUCAUCCACGGCAAUAAACCGAUUCGUGAAUCUCUCAACAUCGUCAUGUACGUCGAUGAAACUUGGCUCUCUGGUCCUCCCAUCCUUCCCUCUGAUCCUUUUGAUCGUGCCGUUGCUCGCUUUUGGGACGUCUACAUCGAUGAACACUGUUUCACAUCAAUCAAUGGGGUGGCGGUAGCAAAGGACGAGGAGGAGAGAAAGGCAGCGAUAGGGAAGCUAGAGCAGUGUAUGGCUCUAUUGGAAGAAACGUUUCAAGAAUGCAGCAAAGGAAGAGGCUUCUUUGGAGGAGACAACAUCGGAUUCAUCGAUAUCGGUUUCGGAUCGAUGUUGGGUCCUCUCAAGGUUCUUGAGCAACUUACCGGAGUCAAGUUCAUACAUUCAGAGAACACACCAGGUCUUUUCCGUUGGGCAGACAGAUUCUAUGCUCAUGAAGCAGUCAAGCCUGUCAUGCCCGAUAUCGAAAAGCUCGUUGAGUUCGCUAGACUAAAGUUCAAUACUUCAAUCUUUAAAUGAAGACCAAAGGCUUUAAACUUAUAAGAAAAUAUAGACGACGUGCAAAUUAUCAUAUAAGAUAUGUUUCGGAAUAACCGAGAUGGAGGAAUAAGAUGUAGUCUCGGUUCAUUUAAAGGCACAGUCAAAAUGUUCUUUUGUUUUUUUUCUUCUUCUUCUUCUAAUUUCUUAAAAGUAUGAUGGGCACAUAUAAAUGUGUCUGUUAUUUCUUCGGUAAUUAAAGUCAACUUUUCGGUCAAUGUAUCCGAUGAAUAACAAGAUUUCUUCAA